CCCUUCACGGCCACGGACAGAAGCAUCCAGCAAUUUCAUACUCAAGAGAGAGCCAAUAAGCACAGCUUUCCGGUCCAGCCGCCGGCAAUGGCGAAGGUGGCGGCGGCGGCGCUGGCUGUCCUCCUGGUCGUGGCGGCGGCGCCCGCGGCCCAGGCCGCCGUGUGCAACAUGAGCAACGACCAGUUCAUGGCCUGCCAGCCGGCGGCGGCGGCGACGUCGAACCCGACCCCGAGCCCGUCGGCGGACUGCUGCACGGCGCUGUCGAAGGCCGACCUGUCGUGCCUCUGCUCCUACAAGAACUCGCCGUGGCUCAGCCUCUACAACAUCGACCCCAGCCGCGCCAUGCAGCUGCCGGCCAAGUGCGGCCUCACCGCGCCGCCCAACUGCUGAGUUUUUCUCCUCUUCAUUUCGUCUCUACGUUUUUACCGCCCAAAUCUGCAGGCCUCGAUCACUAGCUUGCGUUAAUUGAUAUAUAGAAAAUCGUCAAUAGCAUAAAAUGGCUGGAACUGCGGCUACAGGAGGCUUGCUAGCCUGUCCUAGCUGUAUGUUCUUGUCUUGUGUCUGUGUGGAAUGCGUGUGUGGAUUGUCUCGUUGUCUUGCAUCGACCGCAUGCCCUCUAAUAUACUGGAGUACGUACUAUUUUGUAUAAUCCGA